CCCGGGGAGAAAUAGCCAACGUAGCUAACGCCUAACUUCACCGCCAGAGGGCGACAAGUAAGCAAGCUACUAUUGGAUCUAUUAAAAUCAUGUAUCAUAUGUUGUGUGAAGGACUGUCAAACUUCCACGAGAGAGGAAGUUUGUGCGAUUAAACUAAGGAGAUGUUUACAAUAUGUAGAAGAUGGAGUUUUUUAAUGUGUUGCCUGGCAAUUUUUAUCUUUAUUCUUCAAGGAAUAUUUGUCAUAUAUUUGUUGGAAGAUUUUGAAUUGCAACAAUUGUCAUCAAAUAUACAACUUGCUGAUGACGAUAGAGAAAAAUGGCAUAACAAAUAUCCAAUAAUUCUUUGGUGGACACCAUUUACUGGAGAAACUGGAAGAGUUCGUCAAUGUGGUUUGGAUAAAUGCUUCUUUACUCAAAAUAGGAAUUAUGUUAAUAACAACUUAUUACAAGUCAUUCUUUUUUAUGGGAGUGACUUUAAUCCAUUGGAUCUUCCAUUACCAAGAAAAAGUAAUCAUGAUUGGGGUUUAUUGCAUGAAGAAUCUCCAAAAAAUAAUUUUUUCUUCUGUUUUAAAGAGGGAAUGGAAUUAUUUAAUUACACUGCAACAUUCAAACGUGAAAGUGAUUUUCCUCUUACUCUUCAGUAUCUAGAUAGUUUAGAAUCAUUAACUGAUCAUAAAUACUUUAAAUCAACAUCACAAAAAGAUAAAGAAUUAAAAAAGUUAUCACCAGUCGUCUAUGUACAGUCAGAUUGCAAUACACCAUCUGAAAGAGAUGCUUAUGUCAAAAAAUUAAUGAAAUAUAUCAAAAUUGAUUCUUAUGGAAAAUGUCUGCAUAAUAAGGAUUUACCUAAAAGAUUAUCAGAUCCAGUUGAAUCUAUGGACAAUGAAGAAUUCUGGGAAAUAUUGAGUAGAUAUAAAUUUUCUUUGGCAUUUGAAAAUGCUGUUUGUGAUGAUUACAUAACUGAAAAAUUAUGGCGUCCCCUUACAGUUGGUUCAGUUCCAAUAUAUUAUGGUUCACCUUCUAUUAAAGAUUGGCUUCCACAUUCCAACUCUGUAAUUCUUGCAACAGAUUUUAAUUCACCUAAACAUCUUGCAGAUUAUAUUCACUUUUUGAAUUCCAAUAAAACUGCAUACGAAUUGCAUCUUCAUCAUAAACUGUAUAAAGAAAUAACAAAUAAUCUUUUAAUAAGGACCAUGAAAAACCGUAACUGGGGUAUUAAUAAUGAUUUUGAAAAGGGAAAUUUUAUCGAACAGUUUGAAUGUUUUGUUUGCAAGAGAAUUAAUGAAAAUUUAAGAGCAAAACAGAGCACGAUGAUUCCAAUUGCACGUCAAGCAACUGUUUCUCAUUACGGAUGUCCUAGGCCAACUUCUCCUUUGAAGAACAAAUUGAUGGUUCCUAGUUGGUGGAUUGAAUUAUAUGACAAAUCAAAAUAUGAAGUCAUUGCAUUAAGACAGUUAAUGAAUGAGUACUCUAAUUUUACUGAAAAAAUAUAUCACCAGAGAGUUAUAAAAUUACUAAAAUCUAAAUAUUUAAAGAACUUGUAAUAAAUGUAACAUUAUGUUUUAUUUUUAUAUAUAUAAUUGUGCAUUAUAAGUUUAUAUAUUUUUAUCUAGUCAAUAUAUAUACAGUGUAUGAAACAAUAGUAUACAUUUAUGAUCUUGUUAAAUAUAUAAUUUUUAUUAUUACAUAUUUAUACGAAAAAUACCUUCUAAAUUUAUAAUUAUUGUUAAAAUAUUUGUCAAAUUUUUAUAUUUAAAAGUUUAUUUUGCAAAAUAUAAUUAAGAAGUUAAAUUCUUUUUCCGAAAG